AUGUUCUUGCCCUAUGAAGAAGGGGGAAGUGGGCCGCCACUGAGCUGGGAGAGCUCUCGACGGCCGCGUGAUCCCGGGGGUGGGGCCGGUUUCGGAUCCAGUGCCAGCUGCCCACCCCCAGGAGGCCCCACAGCCCUGACAACCUCCGAGAAAGUCCCUCCCCGUAGGCGGAGACAUCGCCAAGAAAUCCCGACCCCGGGGCCUGAGGGGGCUAGUACCCAGAGGCUGCCCGGCGCGGACCGUGAAGUUGUGACAGCCAUGGAGAGCUACAGAGGCUUCUUGGCGCUGCUGAUGUCGGCGCUACCGGUCGGCUUCCUGUCGGUGCUUUUCACCCUCAUCUGGGUCCUCCACUACCGAGAGGGGCUCGGCUGGGACGGGAGCUCGCUCGAGUUCAACUGGCACCCGGUGCUCGCGGUGACAGGCUUUAUCUUCAUCCAGGGCAUCGCCAUCAUCGUCUACAGACUGCCAUGGACCUGGAAAUGCAGCAAGUUCCUGAUGAAAUCCAUCCAUGCAGGGUUAAAUGGUGUUGCUACCAUUCUUGCAGUUAUCGCUCUGGUGGCCGUUUUUGAUUUCCACAAUGCCCAAAGUAUCCCCAAUAUGUACAGUCUUCACAGCUGGGUUGGACUGGCAGCUGUCAUAUGCUAUGUCUUACAGCUUUUCACAGGUUUUUUCAUCUUUCUGCUUCCUUGGGCUCCACCUUCUCUCCGAGAAUUUAUCAUGCCCAUACAUGUUUAUUUUGGACUUUUCCUCUUUGGAACAACGAUUGCGACGGCCCUUAUGGGAGUGACAGAGAAACUAAUUUUUGUCCUGUAA